CCCCAAAUUAAAAUAAUCAUCCUCUUCCACUGCUAAUUCUGCCGCCUCUGCCACCGCGCAUUCCACCGUCUUACUUGUACUGCAAUUUCAUCCCGCAGCUGCUUCAAGCAUUGUAUGUCCGCCGCUUCUGCCAGUGCCGCAUGAUACUUCAUUGCUUAAUUUCAAUUCGUCCAAACAAAAUAAAUAAAUGGGUACUGAAGUUGAAGUUAUAGAGGGGAGAUUGAAGUCAUUUUUGGAGCAAUUCAAAACAGAGUGUGGGAUAUUUGAAAGAAUUGUGUACAAAAACAAGAACCAGCACAGAAGAAGCUCUUACUUUCACUACCUCUUAAAGGUGAGAAGGGAUUUGAGGCUUUUGCAAUCAGCUAAGUUGGAAGAGAUACUAGCUUCCUGCUUUCAUGUGAUCACGGAAAGAAAACCUAAACAAAAGGUGCAUCUCUUAGAAAGGAUAGAAGUUUUAAAGAAGUUCAUAGUUCACAGUUUGAAGUGGAAGAAAUGUAACCUUAGAGUACCUAAUUUCAUGGAGCGACUCCUAGGAGCUGCGCGUUUACUAUCGCAGAUGGUUGAGCCAAUGUUGAAGGCAGCUACUGAGAUAUCUACUCUGCUUGCACGCUCCUUUUUUAUGGGAUUUUCUUUGACAGUCUUGGCCCUCCUUGCACGCCUUCGAGUUUUGGUCCAACAAAUUUUACUCGAUGCUGUUUCAGCAUUCAACAUGGUCUCUUCUCUCUCCCAAAAGAAGCAAUCAGUUAAGAUUACCCAGGAAGGACUUGAGGUAUUUAGGGAGUAUUAUCCGAUAGAUAAGGAAUUUAUCACCUUAGAUUGCAUAUGGGAGAUGGACAAGUUUGUUUUGCUUGAAACUACACACAACAUUGAUGUGAAAAGUCAAGAUGAGGAUCUUGGAGAAGCUUCUAAUGAAAGAUCGGCCCUGCAAUACACGAGUAUUGAGUCAUUUCUUGGAGAUGAUUCUCAAAUCGGGAACAUGAAUGAGAAUAAUAACACCACCGGAGAAGCUUCUACUCAGUUGAAGGAAGACAAGACGGAUCUGUUUGCUUGUCCCGAAAGGCGCAACGAAGAGGAAGUUGAAGGUGGCAUUGAACUGAACAAUAAUCUUGUUGAUUUACAAACUGCAAACGCAAAAUUGCCUCCAGAAGGUGACAUACUAGCAACAUCAGGUUCAUCUCCAAGCUCAAAAACGUUCUCUCUUAAUUCAGGUGCAAGGCCAGUAGCAUUUCUUUCGGUUAAAAGACCAGCACUCUCUGGAGGAGCAUUCACAUCAGUUAAAAGACGAGCAACUUCAACUUCAAACUCAAAUAUAACAAAUCUUGAUUCUGACGAGUCUAAAACAGAUAGUAGAAAAAAUCAGGAUUCAUUUUUUAAUUUGCUAACGGGAGGAGAUUUCAAAGAAAGUUUGUUUUGAUUUUUGGAUCCCAAGCAAUAGUUUUGUUUUUUGACAAUUCACUUGAUGCAUACAAGUAAAUGUGUUGUGAGUUUUAAAAGAUUGUAUUUGAUAUCUCUCUUUUAUUUUA